GUAUUUCUGGUCACUCUGCGUGUAGCAGUCAACAAAACAAAGCUAGCAUUUGUAUCGAUUUUUAGACGAAAAACGCGCUCCAGAAGGUCGCUUGCAGAGUGAAAUCACAAAUAAUGGCUCUGUACGACGAUCUGGACACGAAGCACGGGCCCGACAAGGUGGCCGGGUGGUCGUCCGGAUUGAAACUGUUCCAGCCACAGCUGCAAGUGAAGAAAGUGAAUCAACCCACCAUCACACCGAAAGCAAUUCUGCGAAAACCAGGCAGUAAGAUUCUUACACCCGUUGUGCUGAAGGCGAAAAAAGAACCAACCGAACAGACGCUCCCGUUCUUGGCAGCUUCCGGCCCCGGACCGAGCACAUCACUCACUGAUCCCUCUUCCGGCAUCGUGGUAAAAAGCACCAAAGGGCCCAUCACGGUCACGACCACGAAUGCAACGCCCAACCCGAUCAGUGCGGCCGUCACCGACGACUACAACUGGGACGUGGUGGACGAGUACGAUCCGAUGUGGCCGAACGAGUACGACAAGCUGGUGAAGGACCGGAAAGCGAAGGAGCCCCCGAUAAAGCCGCUGCAGGGCGGGUUCGGACGGAACCGGCGGGAGUACAAACGUUCGUUCGGUGGUAUGCGCAACAGUAACAACAACAACAAUAGCAACAACAACAGCAACAGUAGCGGCGGUGGUGGCGGCGGCAACAGUAAUGCCGGCCCAAGUCACGGCAGCAGUCAGCCGGACGAUGACGGUCCGGUGGCAAAGAAGUUCAGCGGGUUUGCGGGACGCCCCUCGUCGGACGAUGAGGAAGAGUUCCGGCCCGGACAGAGUCGCCCGUCGGGUGCGGCCAUUGCACCGCCACCGUCGUUGCAGGAAUCGUGUGCCGGUGGCAUCCCAUCGGAAGGUGGUUCCAAAGUUUCGCAGCUCGCGGCAUACGGUGGUAGUUCGGUGGCGGCCAAAAUUAUGGCCAAAUACGGUUUCAAAGAUGGUCAGGGGUUGGGUAAGCAGGAGCAGGGUAUGGCGGUCGCCCUGCAGGUGGAGAAAACAUCCAAACGGGGUGGUCGAAUCGUGCACGAGAAAGAUAUAUCGGCCACCACCAGCACGGUCAGUGGCAGUGGCGGCGGCAGUGGUUCCGGUACUGAGAUAGUCACCACCCCUCCGAGCGCAAGUCAGGGCGCCGCAUCCGAGCCGUCAAUUACCGAGAUUAUGAAAUCACCGAGCAAAGUGGUGCUGCUGCGGAACAUGGUCGGACCGGGCGACGUGGACGAUGAGCUGGAACCGGAGGUGAAGGACGAGUGCAACACCAAGUACGGCGACGUGGUGACGGUGGUAAUACACGAGGUGCCGGACGUGGUGCCCGAGGAAGCGGUUCGCAUUUUCGUCGAGUUUAAGCGCAUGGAAAGCGCCAUCAAGGCGGUGGUCGACCUGAACGGGCGCUUCUUUGGCGGGCGGCAGGUGCGGGCCGGCUUUUACAAUCAGGAAAAGUUUGAAAACAUGGACCUGGGAGGUUGAACGUGCGGGGGAGAUGGUGGUACUAAGUCUAAAUAAGCUAGCAUAAAUAAAACAUCUUCUCGCGUGAGUAAUACAACGCGUAAUGUGUAA